AUGGGCAAAGCGGAAGGCUCUGUGGCUAGGGAAGAAUGGCAUGGACAUGUUACUGCUCUCUCCGUUGCACCAGAAUUUCGACGGCUGGGUUUGGCUGCUAAAUUGAUGGAGCUACUGGAAGAAAUUUCAGAAAAAAAGGGUGGAUUUUUUGUCGAUCUGUUUGUAAGAGUAUCAAAUCAGGUUGCAGUAAAUAUGUAUAAGCAACUAGGCUACAGUGUGUACCGGACAGUUUUGGAGUACUACUCUGCAAGCAGUGGAGAGCCAGAUGAAGAUGCUUAUGAUAUGAGAAAAGCCCUUUCCAGAGAUACAGAGAAGAAAUCAAUUAUACCUCUGCCUCAUCCUGUGAGACCAGAAGACAUUGAGUAA